GGAGGUGAGGCAGAGUUAACCGAGUACAAGCAAAAAGCCAAGCUUAUCUUUAAAAAAAUGAAUGAGCACUCGGAAGACAAGUGCUCGAUAGAGUCGGGCAAUUAUUAUUUUCAUGAUCGAUCAUACCCACGGCAGUUGGCAUUCAGUUAUUUAGACGAACUUGCCAAAGAGUUUUAUACGCUGUAUGGAAAUGAGAUAGAGAAAAAAAAUUUGAGACCAUACGCGUUUGUUAAAUUUGAUACUUUUAUGCAAAAGACCAAGAAAGUGUAUCAAAACACCCGAACACAGCAUAAUCUUGAUCGACUAAAUACAGAAUUGAGUGAGGUCGCAAAUAUCAUGACGAAAAAUUUAGAGAAUGUGCUUUGGCGUGGCGAGGGUUUAGACAAGAUGAGUUCACUUUCUGAUCAACUUCGUUACGAAUCCCAAAAAUACAAAAAGUCUGCACGGGAUCUCAAUUUGCAACUUCUUUAUCGCAAGUAUGGACCACCUGUCGUCAUCUUUCUCGUGAUAUUCCUG